AUGUCAGACUAUCCCCAACUUAAAAUAAAUUUUGAUUACAUUUACAACAACGAAGAAGUUAGAAAUAAUGUGUACGCACCGAGUAGUGACACGUUUACUUUUAUUGAAGCACUAGAAGAUGAUAUUGAAACCAUUUCGUCGGAAGUGAAUAUAGCCUUAGAAAUGGGAAUGGGAAGCGGUUAUUUGAUUUUGUCCUUAUAUGAGAUGCUAUUAAAAAGAAACAAAAAAAUUGACCUUCUUUAUUGUAUUGAUAUUAAUAAAAAUGCUUGUAAUUGCGUAAGAAAAUUAACGCGUGACAAUAAAAUUUCAAACGUUGAAAUAAUUAACAAUGACCUAUUUAAUAACAUAAAGAAAUGCCAACAGUUUGACUUAAUCCUAUUUAACCCACCGUAUGUUGUAACUGGACAGGAUGAAAUGAAUAGAACAGAUAUCGUAUCUUCCUACGCAGGUGGAAAACAUGGAAGAGAAAUAAUUUUGAAAUUUUUAUUAAGUGUUCAUGAAUAUGUUAGUAAUAACGGAGUUAUUUACCUACUACUGGAAAAAAAAAACAUGCCAGAUGAAAUUAUGAAUAAUGAACAUAUAACGGACAAGUUCAAUUAUACAAAAUUAAAAGAAAAAAAAACAUUAAAUGAAACAAUUUUUAUAUUCAAACUUACCAAAAAGUUUUCAUAA